AUGGCAAGAUCCUUGAAAAGGCGAUUCGCAAGGAGGCAAGGCAGCUCAGAGACAGCGAACGUUUCCAAAUUGCGAUCGCCAGAGUCAUUACGAUAUCUUUUGCAGAUCGCAUUCAAUAAGAUGAAAACAGCUGGUGUUUAUGAUCGCAUCGGUUUUGUUCACAAGUACAGUGGAGUACACGAAGGACCCGGUUUCUUCACUUGGCACCGAGAGUACCUCAAAAGAUUUGAGAUUGUAUUUCGGCGAUAUCUGCCGGCCGGCAGUCGUCUUGGGCUUCCUUAUUGGGACAGCACCCUGGAGUCUGAACUGCCUGAUCCACGCGAAUCGUUAUUCUUCUCCGCAUUAUUUGUUGGCUCUUCCAACUCCUCCGGACAGAUAACAGAUGGCCCAUUUUCUGACUGGUUGAAUAUGGAGGUACUCACUCCAAUUUUACCGGAUUCAACAAAAAUCAUUCAGAAAGAACGUAGACUCUUACGUUUCGUACCUGACCAGGAGAACGGCGAGGUACUCAAUAAUGCCCGGAUUGAUAUUGUACUAGAGCAGAACAGAGUUGAGAAUAUUUUGGCAGCAACCUUCCCGCUAGAGACCUGCAAAAUUGCAACUGAUGAUGAGCGAUUGUUAUCUUACUCACACGAUUACGUACAUUACUUCAUGAAUGGGGACAUGCACGAAACAUACUCAGCGACUAGUGAGGUGAUUAGAGGCAGUGGACAGGCAAAAUGGAUCCUAGUCAGAUUUUGGUAGC